AUGUCCGAGCAUUCUUUUUCUCAGGCCCAGGGCCCACUUGGCCUUGUCAGUGGCUACCAAGGCAACAGCACAGCUAUCAAGGUGAUCAUGGGCGUUCUGGUUGCCAUACUCCUGUAUAAUGCAGCAGAGCUCUCCGUUUUGAUCUUCCUCACCUUCCGCCGCUAUCGGGGCCUCUACUUUUGGUCACUUUCGCUCUCCACUGUCCUUGGGCUCAUACCCAGUGGAAUCGGCAAUAUCUUACACUUUUUCGCCAUCGGUCCACUGUGGUUGGCACUGACACUAUCUAAUAUCGGAUUCUACUUCCUGAUUCCUGGGCAGUCCGUUGUUCUAUACUCUCGACUUCACUUAGUGUUAUACGAUCAGCGAAUCCUGCGGCUAGUUCUCUAUGCAGUGGUCAUGAACACUGUCCUCAUCGGCUUUCCAACAACGGUUUCAACAUUUGGAGCAGCCUUUGUACGAACGGAUGAUUGGAACGAAGCUUACACAAUCAUCGAGCGGCUGCAGGUGACCUGGUUCUGUGUGCAGGAGUUCAUCAUUUCCCUACUAUACAUCCGAGAGACAGUCAAACUUCUCCAGCUCCGGCCCGCGAAUAGCAGUCGCCGAAGACAGAUUAUGUAUGAACUGCUGGUGAUCAAUGUUCUCAUUAUCGUCAUGGACGUUGCGGUUGUGGUUGUCGAGUUCCUCGGACUGUACUAUCUUCAAGUGCUCUUGAAAUGUACCAUCUACAGCGUCAAGCUCAAACUUGAAUUCGCUGUCCUCGGAAAACUCACUGACAUAGUGGAAGCCUCUCAUAUGGACUUUAUAGGUAAUGGCGUCAAUGAUUUUCCCGAUGUCCCAAAUCGACGGGAUUUUACUACUUCCGAUACGGUCAGAGAGAUCCCAGUCAAUCUACUUGCUGCGGAUACGACUCAAAGAUCAAGGGAGAUUAGGGUUUGA